AUGCCUCGACUUCAAGAAGAGGGAAUCGGUCCAGUUCACGGCUUCCGGUUAUCGACCAUAAGUUCAACCAGGCCGACUGAGACUGGCACGACCCACGAACCCACCGGUUUAGACCUAGCCAUGAAACUCCACUACCUAAAGGCGGUUUAUAUUUACUCCGCGGAGAUGGCAUGUGACUUGACCGUGGUGCACGUGAAAGAUCUCUUCUUCACCGUGUUGAACGAGAUCCCAUGGGUCAACGGUAGGUUCAAGAGGCACGACUCGGGACGUCCGUACAUCAAGUGCAACGACAGUGGCACGCGUUUUGUGGAAAGUCAUUGUGAUCUCACAGUGGAGGAGUGGCUACGUGUAACGGACCGGUCCGUUGAUGAGUCUUUGGUUUAUCAUCAACCAGUUGGACCGGACUUGGCCUUCUCUCCAUUGAUCUAUAUUCAGAUGACCCGGUUUAGCUGCGGUGGAUUAGCAAUAGGCCUGAGCUGGGCCCAUAUAAUGGGAGAUCCAUUCUCUCUUUCUCAUUUCGUCAACUUAGGCACUCGGGCCUUCGCAGAUGAGGAAAUCUACUCCCCAAAACCCUCUGAUUUGGAUAGAGGUUUUCUAAACCCGAAUUCAAUGUCCAAAAACCCGGUUUCAAUCAAACAGGUUGAACCGGUCGGAGACCUCUGGGUAACGCCGAGUAACAGCAAAAUGACAACGUACUCCUUCAAUGUAACGGUCAACGAGAUACGAUCACACUCUCCGGCGAACGGAGACGAAUUCGAGAUUCUCAGUGGGAUCAUAUGGAAAUGCGUAGCGAAGGCGAGAGCAGAAUCGGAGCCGUUUACGAUUACGAUCAUCAGAUCGGAUCAUAACGGAAUGAAACCUAGAGCUGUGAGAAACAGUCAGAUGAUUGGCUCCGUCCAGGUCGAUUUUUCCGUCGCCGGAGCGAGUUUGGAGGAGAUUGUGAAAUCUAUCGGAGAAGCGACCGAUGAGAGGUUUUCGAUCGACGAGAUUGGGGAGAGUGAAGAUGGUGUUUUGGAUUUCGUCGUCUACGGAGCGAAACUGACGUUUGUGGAUCUAAGCGGAGUUGAUUUCUACAAGGCGAAAAUAAGAGAGAAGUCGCCGGUGUCGGUUUACUGUAAUGUUCAGGGGAUAGGAGACGACGGAGCUGUGGUGGUUUUGCCGGCCGCGGAGAGGGAGGAGAUGGUUGUGACUGUUACGUUUCCGGUGGAUGAGAUGGAGAAGGUGAAAUGUGAAUUGAAGAAGUGUGGUUUGGUUUAUUCACGCCGUUAG